AUGAGGACCUCGGCGCAAAGGAAUAUGGCCUCAAGCCAGCUGGAUCGGGUGACGACAGCCUCCCCCGACUCGAGACAAAUUACAUCUACGCAUCCUUCGCGCCGCCGUGUCAUUAUUCCAGACCCCGUAGCUUUCAGAUAUCUUGAAGGGGACCCGUGUGUUACUAUCGCUGAGCAAAGUCGAGAAAUCCGAGGGUAUGAGUUGUACCUAGUUGAACAAUGGGCUUGUUCCCGCCAGUCGCCCACCGUGGUUAUCGUUACAUAUACCGGGGAUAACAAACAUGUCGUUGUUGUGGGUGUCCUAAGUGUUCCAGCCGACGAGAGGGCGUGGUCACCGAAAUUGCGUCUCUAUUUUAAAGCUAUCCAGCAGUACCAUGCACGACCAAAAGAAACGGAUUAUGGCGAGUUGAUGGUAACAAACCUGAGUAGCUUUCCUUCUGCUUUAACCGUUAUACUAGUUCCCGACGGCGACAUAAAAAAACAUCGAAGGGAAUUUAUCGUCAUUGAAGAUCUCAAAAGGCUCGGAUGUUCUGGUCGAUCUGGCAUGACCCUGUCUGAGCCCACUGGAGCCGCCAAAGCCAAGUUCUACCAGUUAUAUAAGACAACUGAGAAGAUGCCAUUUUCAGACGUCGUUAUUGAAUUGGUUAAGAUUUGCCAAGUGGCCCUCUUAUUGUUUGGAAAAUUGGAACAGGUUUAUAUUGAUGGGCUGCUGUGCGAUGUAACCGAGACUGCUAUUGGGGAUUGGUGGACGGAGUUCGGAGCUGAAUACUACAAUAUAGAACCGGCGGAUGGGAUUUUAGGUCCGACGACUGUUGCUGCAUUGCUUGGUUUAUUAAUGGGCGCGCGAAAUAGGUUGAGUUAUUUUGGAGCACCUGUCCCAAAAGAUGUAUUCGAUAUCGACGCCACCGAGAAAGGUAUUUCUCACUUCCAAAAAUACCAGAAGCUGGAGAGAACACGCCGGUUGGAUCGGCAAACUAUGCACAAGCUUCAUACCGUAACUGCAAAAGCAGCCGCAGGCGAAGGUUGGGGCGUACAAAAAGCAGUCAAAUCAACAAUGACUGAAAUAGGUGGAAAGCGAGGCGAGAUUGUUCUUGGUAUGGUCAGUGGACGCGACAAAGGUGGGAUCGGAGAUAUUGAGACUCUAGAUCUUGAUAGGUUCAUCAGCUUAGCCUCUGGAGAGCGAGCGAAGUGGCUAUGGUUCGGCAAGCCUAAACGUUCUACGGCUGACAGUCACGAAAAGCCUAUUCCCGAUAUGAGUAAUAUCCUAUUCGGCAAGGAAGAGCCCUCUAGUCAAGCAAAGAGAACGCAUUCGACACCUUUGGAGGAAGAGACAGAAACUCGCCGGCGAGAAGACACUCCUGUUUAUUCGACUCCAGCUCCCGGGUCCGCGGUUAGCAUAACGGAUAGUCCCGGGGAUAAGGAUGCUAUCCGGCGUGGAUUCAAGAGCGUCGCUCGAGAUGCUCGUUCAGGUCUUGGACGUAUAAAGGAUGCUGUUUAUAGUGGAGGUGGUCUACGUGGUCACAACAAUCGGCUGUCGAAAGACGAACCUUCGGAAACCACGAUUACCGGGCCGCGAUCGUCUAUGCUCUCCGAUUCCUCUACGGCGAUUACGACAAGUCCAAGUUCUGGUCUGGGUCCAGGACAGAUUGGUAGAGCAUUUACUUGGAAGACUAAGCCGGAAGAGUACCUAAGCGCCAUAAGGAGAGACAGGGAAAUUGAAUCCGCCCCGGCCUCGGUAGCCUUACUAGGAACAGAGGAAUCGCCCGUUAAAGAACUACGGCCAAUGCCUAAAGCGAAUGGCCACGUGCAAAGAUCGAUAAACGAGGACUUUAAACGUGGUUCGCAAGCCAUAGAGGUUCGAAAUGAAGUAACAGCGGUGGUCGAAUCUUCAGUGACAAAUUCGGUUGUUGCUGAAAGUGAUCUUCAAGGACCGUUUGUCGAGACGGAGCAGCAGCAGUUUGGUACUAUUCUACCUAGUCUAUAUAGACGUCACAGUAUUGGGGUUUCACGGCUUCCAGAACGAUGCUCCUUGAAUGAGGCUAGAUGGGCGCGGAGACUUUCCUUCGGAGACGCUGAAGAAGCCGUCCUUCGGUGGGAAGAGGUAAUUAGCCUCGACCAGAACGCGAAUUCGGAUAGCAUAGAAGUGCCAGAGAAGCAUGAAUACUUGGCGGAACUUGCUAGGAGUCUAUACGUGAAUAUUUUUGACGUUAAGCAGAGCAUUGAGCCGUGGGCCGAUUCUAAGGUCAAAUCAGUCGUGGAGUUGGAUGAUUAUUACGCGCGUCAACAAGAGGAAUUACAGGCACUCUAUGAUCAGCUCACCGAUGCAUACAGACGGACCAAAGAGGAUUCUCAAGAGACAAUCGCAGCUCAAAGGGCGCGUAUCACGGAAGCACUUGGAGACGUCGGAGUACAGGCGGCUAAGCUAGAGUACGAGAUUAACGCUCUUGUCUCCCGUGUCCAAGAUGUAGAGGAAGGCGUUGCACAAUUCGAGAUACAAGUGGACGACGUGGAACGGAGGGCAGAUGAGCUAAAGAAACAACUCGAAACAGAAAGCUGGCUACACUGGGCGAUGCGAACGCUGACAGGAAUCGGUACGGGUCCGAACAUUACGAGACCACGGCAAGAACCUCAACAUCAGGAAUGA